AUGAACGAGCUGGUGAGGAGCCUUCCGUCCCCGAGCCUCCCGGGGCUCCACCUGCCGUGCGCAGGCACCUACAAGGGCUGGCUCUUCAAAUGGACCAACUACCUGAAGGGCUACCAGAGGCGCUGGUUCGUCCUCAGCAACGGCCUGGUGUCCUACUACAGGACUAAGGCAGAGAUGGGACACACUUGCCGGGGCACCAUACCCUUGGCCACAGCGCACAUCGAGGUGGGUGACACCUGCCACAUGGUGUUGACCAGCGGAGGCCGAAGCUACCACCUGAAGGCCACGUCUGAGGCAGAGUGUCAGCGCUGGGUGUCAGCUCUGCGGGAAGCCAAGGCCAACGCCACUCUCCUGAUGCAUCACUCAGAUGACUCAGGAGAUGAGGGCUCCGUACCUCAGGAGGACCGUGCCCUAACCCAAGGGGUGCUCAAGACUCUGGCCGCCAAGCUGGACGACCUGAGCACCUGUAAUGAGCUGAUUGGAAAGCACGGCGCCGCCCUCCAGCGUUCGCUCAGCGAGCUCGAGGAGCUGCGUGGAUCCAUAGAGAGCCCAGACCGAGUGAAAGCUGUGAACGAGCGAGCCACCCUGUUCCGCAUCACCUCCAAUGCUAUGAUCAAUGCUUGUCGGGAUUUUCUGGACGUAGCGGAAUCUCACAGCCGGAGGUGGCAGAAGGCCCUGCAGCAUGAGAGAGAACAGCGCCACCAUCUGGAGGAGACCAUCGAGCAGUUAGCCAAACAGCACAACAGCCUGGAGAGAGCCUGGAGAGAGAAUCCCACCUCGUACACAGGUGUGGCUCGGUCUCCUGAGGGGGAUGCAAGUGAUGAGAAUGAUGACACAGAGUUCUUCGAUGCCAUGGAGGACUCCACUGGAUUCAUAACCGUGACAGCCAGCAGCAACGUACAGCACAAGCGCUCGGCGAGUAAUCAGAGUAUGAUGAGCGGAGGAGUGCCCAACGACUGGACUCACAAUGAGAAUGAGACAUCCGGCACAAACCAGGAGCAGCUUCGAAGAUCAAGACGCAACCGUAUUCCUGACAAACCAAAUUACUCCCUCAAUCUCUGGAGCAUCAUGAAGAACUGUAUUGGCAAAGACCUGUCCAAGAUACCCAUGCCUGUAAACUUCAAUGAGCCGCUGUCGAUGCUACAGCGUCUGACCGAGGAUCUGGAGUACAGCGAUCUCCUGGACCGAGCAGCUCGCUGCGACUCCACCCUGGAGCAGAUGUGCCUGGUUGCGGCCUUUUCUGUCUCCUCCUACUCCACCACAGUCCACCGCACAGCCAAGCCCUUCAACCCUCUGCUGGGGGAGACCUACGAGCUGGACCGACUGGAGGAGUACGGUUACCGCUCCGUUUGUGAACAGGUGAGUCACCAUCCACCAGCCGCCGCCCACCAUGUGAUGUCACAGAAGGGAUGGACGCUGUGGCAGCACAUCACUAUCGACAGCAAGUUCCGUGGGAAAUAUAUUUCUGUCGUGCCAUUAGGAAACAUUCACCUGCAGUUCCACUCAAGUGGAAACCACUAUGUGUGGAGCAAAGUGACCUCAACGGUGCACAACAUUAUUGUGGGAAAACUUUGGAUUGAUCAGUCGGGGGACAUUGACAUUGUGAACACCACCACCAAGGACACCUGCCGUCUCAAAUUCUCCCAUUACAGCUACUUCUCCAGAGAUGUCCCACGGAAAGUGACAGGCGUGGUCGAGGACAGGGAGGGCACGGCUCAUUACAUCCUGUCAGGGACCUGGGACGACAAGAUGGAGAGUGCCAAAAUAGUGGACAGCAGCAAAGGAUGUGGUGGCUCUGAAGGCAAACAGAAGACGGUUUAUCAGACGCUUCAGCCCAAACUCCUCUGGAAGAAAUACCCUCUCCCAGACAAUGCAGAGAACAUGCACUUUUUCUCCUCCCUGGCUUUGACCUUGAACGAACAGGAGGAGGGGGUUGCACCCACUGACAGUCGUCUGCGGCAGGACCAGCGGCUAAUGGAGGCCGGCCUGUGGGAUGAAGCCAACGGCCAGAAGCAGCGACUGGAGGAACGUCAGAGGGUGGAGAGGAAAAAACGUGGCGCGCAAGCCAAUCAGGCACUGGAGGAGGGGCAACAAGACAUCGAGGGCUACGAGCCACUGUGGUUUCAGAAGAGGACAGAUGACACAACAGGAGAAAAUACUUACACCUACAGGGGCGGCUACUGGGAAGCCAAAGACAGACAGGACUGGACCCAAUGCCCCGAGAUUUUCUAA